CUGAUUAGGUUAAAAGGAAUCAUGAAGAAUGUAAUUACAUUUUAACUCUAUAACUGUUAAAGUUACACCUUCCGUCCGAUAAAAUAAUCAAUAGUCCACAAACGCGAAUGUAAUUUGACAACAAGUCCGGGCGUAACUACUAGUCACAAGGUGAUGAGUCACUGGUAUUAGUUUAGUUUCGUUACCACCUCUGUGUUCAACCAACCCUCCACAUGGAGCCAAAGAAACAACAGAAGCCAGCAGCUUCCAAGAGAUCUGCUGGAAGAGGAGGGACCAGUAACAUUGUCCUUCCGGUCGUCAGAUAUCAUCCCUCCAUCACACAAACCAGCCACCAGGGAAGAGGGCCAAGCUCAGCCCAGAAGAUAUUCCCAGCCCGGAAACCAGACAAGAAACCGGACCAGAAACCAGACCAGAAACUAGACCAGAAACCGGACCAGAAACCUGACCAGAGGCCAGACCAGAGGCCAGAAAAGAAAACAGACAAGAGGCCAGACAAGAAACCAGACCAGAGGCAAGACAAGAAACCAGACUUAGUCCUGGGAGGCAGGUCAGAUGUUCUAGAACAGCCUUUCUUAAACUAUGGGUCAGGAUGCAAAAUGGGACGCAAUCCAGCUGGCGGUAGCAAUGGACAGAACUCUCUGAAAACUCUGAGCUCUGGCCCAAGUCCAGAGAAGGUCGUCCUGGAGGGCGGGGAGCUGACCCCCGGCGUUGUGGAGGAGGUGGAGGUGCUGACUCGGGGUCAGAGAGACAACCCGGCCUGGUUCGAGUGGCGGAAGCACCGCAUCACCGCCUCCAAUGUCCACCGAAUCGCACACAGCCGCUUCGUUAACGGGACAAGCAGCACACCCCCUGGCUCCUACGUAGCUAACAUCACAGGACAGGGUUCGAGGGUCCAGACCAGAGCGAUGAGGUGGGGUGUGGACAUGGAGGCCCGGGCAGUGAAAGAAUACCAGGUGCUGAAGAGCAAGCUUCUUGGGCGAGAAGUGGUCGUUCAAGAUUCGGGUCUGUUCAUCGACCCCAAGCGGCCCUGGUUGGCGGCAAGCCCUGAUGGCAUUGUGAUCGACAAGCUGUCUGGACAACGGAUGCUGUGCCUGGAAGUGAAAUGCCCGUUCAAACACAAAGACCGCAAGGUUGAGGAGGCUUGUAAGGAGGACAAAGACUUCUGCCUGCAGAUCCAAGAGUUACCUAACCAGCCAGUGUAUCGGUUGAAAAAGAACCACAGCUACUACAGCCAGAUCCAGUGCCAGCUGGCCGUCACAGGGAUGGACCAGGCAGACCUGGCGGUUUUCACCCUUAAGGAGACGGCCCUGGUGCCUGUGCCCUUCGACCCUGAGUUCUGGGAGGAGACGCUGAGCAAGCUGCAGAGGUUCAAGGAGGUUCUGCUCCCCCAACUGGAAAAGCACAGACCGCUGGACCCCGAAAUGAGACCAGAGAUGUAGAGGCUGGGCUGUUUGUUUUGAGGUCCGAAAGGAUGUGAAGCAAAAUAGAAACUGGGGUGUUCGCAGACAAAAUGCUGGUCUAGGACCAAGGCGAGGCUCUGCAUUGGGUUGCUAUUCCUGCAGCGUGUGCAGGAUGCUUAGCCUAACUAGUCCAACAUUUACCACAUGCUCCCAAUUCACAGAUGCCAGCUAUUGGUCAACAAUACAAUAGGGGUUUGGAAUCAGCAUUUGCUUUGUUCUACCCACAAAAGUAAAAUGACGUCAAAUAACCCUAACCCUAAACUUAGGCCGAUUUAUAUCAUAAUCUCAUGACUUCAGCCUAACCCAUUAUUUAACUGCCAUUAUUUAAUAACUGCCAACUUGUACUUCUACUUCUGGGGCUUUAAUGAGUUAUUGGGUUUUCAAGGGUCCUUAUG